AAGAGGAGGGAGUGAAUAACUUGUAUCACAUCAUUUACACUAGCAUCGAGAACAUCUCCACAUCCCCAUCAUCCACUGCUCCCAGUCCCAGAACCACCGACGAACGAAGCACGGUUGCUGCUGAGCAAGCUGAGAUCGAUGGCACAAGUGCACGCCCCGCACGUCGUCGUGCUCACCAGCCCCGGCGUGGGGCACGUCGCCCCGGUGGCCGAGCUCGCCACGCGCCUCGCCGCGCUCCACGGCGUCACCUCCACGAUCGUCACCUACACCAACCUCUCCUCGCCCGCGAGCUCUCCCGCGCUGGCCUCCCUCCCGCCAGGCAUCUCCACCGCCGCGCUCCCGGAGGUGCCCCUCGACGACCUCCCCGGCGGCGCGCACAUCGUGACCCGCAUCAUCACCGUCGUCCAGCGCACGCUCCCGCACCUCCGCGCCCUGCUCUGCUCCCUCCUCGGCUCCCCCGCCGGCGGAGUUACGGCCUUCCUCGCCGACAUGCUCUGCCCCGCGGCGCUCGCCGUCGCCAGAGAGCUCGGCGUGCCGCACUACGUCUUCUACACCUCGAGCCUCAUGUCGCUGGCCACGCUGCUCUACACCCCGGAGCUGGCAAGGACCACCACCUGCGAGUGCCGCGACCUCCCGGGGCCGGUCGUCCUCCCGGGGUGCCUGCCGCUGCACGGAGCCGACCUCGUCGACCCCGUCCAGGAACGCACCGACCCCGUGUACGGCCUCCUGGUUGACAUGGGCCUCGACUACCUCCACAGCGACGGCUUCAUCGUCAACACGUUCGACGCCCUGGAGCGCGAGACCCUGGAGGCGUUCAAGGAGCUCUCCGACAAGGGCGUCUACGCGCCGGCUUACGCCGUGGGCCCGUUCGUCCGCUCGUUCUCCGACGAGGCGGCCAAGCACCGGUGCAUGCCGUGGCUCGACGAGCAGCCGGACGGAUCGGUCCUGUACGUGUGCUUCGGCAGCGGCGGCACGCUGUCCACGCUGCAGACCGCCGAGCUGGCGGCCGGGCUGGAGGCGAGCGGCCAGAGGUUCCUGUGGGUCGUGCGGUUCCCCAACGACAAGGACAGCAGCGCGAGCUACUUUGGUGGGAAGACGACAGACCACGGCGACGCCGACGACCCGCUGAGCUACCUGCCGGAGGGGUUCGCCGAGAGGACCAGGCCCGUGGGGCUCGUCGUGCCGGAGUGGGCGCCGCAGGUGGAGAUCCUGGGCCACCGCGCCGUCGGAGGGUUCCUGACGCACUGCGGGUGGAACUCGGCGCUGGAGACCAUGGCCGCCGGCGUGCCGGCGCUGGCGUGGCCGCUGUUCGCCGAGCAGCGGAUGAACGCUGUGAAGCUGGCGUCGGAGCACGUCGGGCUGGCGCUGCGGGUGAGCGCCCGGCGGGAGGACGGGCUGGUGUCGCGGGAAGAGGUGGCCGCGGCGGUCAGGGAGCUGAUGGUGGGGGAGAAGGGCGCCGUGGCGCGGGAGAGAGCGCGCGAGCUGCGGGCGGAGGCGCGCAAGGCGUCGGUGCCCGGCGGGCCUGCACACCAGGCGCUCGCGGCCGUCGUCGACAUGUGGAAAUGUGCCGCUGCGAGUCCGGAGGUUGCCGCUGCAGCUGGUGGUGGACUGUGAAUCUGUGAUCGUACGUGUCGUGUAUGUGUGACUGCAACGACCUUGGUCAUCUACAUCAGGGUCUGUGGGUACUGGGUAGUGGAACCACCGGGUUAUGAUUUGGCCUGACAUAUAUAUCAUAUACUGCCUGUCAACAGUUAUAGUUGCAUUGCAUUGUAACCGCGCGUAUGAAUCGAAUGGAACUACCCCUCCAUGUACGGCAACGUA